AUGGCGGACAAUAACAGACAAGGAAGAAACAGCUCCGGCAACGGGAGCCAGCCAAGCCGGUUACAACGGCGAGCUCCGGCGUCAAUUCAGAUUAAUAGAGUGACCGACUGGAACGUGGCUAUACCUCUAUUGUCGCCGUUGAUUACGUCACCGACGUCGCCCGGGUCAACCAAUCUAACGGCUGAGAUUAAAUCUAGAUCGGGUGGUGGCGUAGAGGAGUCGGAGAAGAAGGAAAAGCUGCAGCCCGGCGUUAGUGCAGCGACGUCGUUCAAGAAAUGGCAGCAUCCGGCAGCUCCGUUUUGUUAUGAGCCAGCUCCGUUAGUGCCGUUUGUUUGUACCGCGGGAUUUGGCGUAGAUAGAUAG